CCUAGCGAUACGGUGCUUGUUUCCUCGUCCUCGUGUAGUCGUGCGGCGGAUCACCUGUUCCCGGCGGGAUGCGCCGGGGGCUAGGCGGGACCAGAGGGGUCCGCGGAGCAGGCCGGCUAGGCGCGCUCCCGGACGAGGUCCUCCAGCACGUGCUCUCGUUCCUGCCGUCGCGCGAGGCCGUGCACACCAGCCUGCUCGCCCGCCGCUGGCGCCACCAGUGGAAGUCCGCGCCGGCCCUGCGGAUCACCGGCGCCGACUCCUUCAAGAGCGCCCGUGAACUCAACGACUUCGUCAACUACCUCAUCGCCCUCCGUGGCCGGCCGCCCCUCCACGCGUGCGAGUUCGAGGCCUGCGAGGUGUACGACUACGAGGACUAUGAUGAGGGCUCCCAAGACGACGACGGCGAGCGGUCACGGUACACCGAUCUGUGGAUCCGGUACGCCUUGUCAUGCCACGCUCGGCUGCUUCGGAUCAGGGACCAUGACCCUAACAACGUUGAUCCCAAAAACGAGGCUCCGCUGAAUGUUCUGCUUGAGACUCCCAUCUCCUCCCCGCAUCUCACGACGUUGGAUCUCGAUGGUGUGAUCUUCUCGAGCAAAUACUCUCUGGAUUUCUCGAGUUGCCCGAACCUGGAGACCGUAAAGAUGCACCGUUGCUCCUUCUCAAUCAUAUGCUGCGACGGUCCCAUCAAGGUAUCUUCGCAAUCUGUGAAGUAUCUUAGCAUCACGGACUAUAAUUUUCCUCGUUAUGACAAGAAGGGAGCUCUCAUAUCUGUCCCAAACCUCGUCUACUUAGAGCUGGGUAGCGGCCGUGGCAAGGUUCCUACGUUUGAGUGCACGCCGUCGUUGCUAGCAGCAUCUAUCAAGCUUGAUGAUAAGGAUGGUUCCUUCCUCCUUGAGCGCUUGUCAGCUACCAUUAAUCUAGAGCUCAUGAUCGAGCCUCAAGCGUCUGCUGCUUUCAGGAAAGAACUAAUACGGUGCACCACAUUUAGCAAGCUCAAAACUUUGUCACUAGAUGAUUGGUGUGUGGAGCCUGAUUACAGCCCACUACUUUACUUUCUCCGGCGGUCACCAAGUCUCGAGAACCUCCACCUCCGACUAUCUAAGAAAUAUAAACAUGCCGAAGAAACAGACGGAAGCUACGCUCCAAUAGAACCGUUUUUGGCAUCAAAGAAUCUUAGGGUUGUCAAGAUCAAAUGUCUGGCCCAAGAUGAGCGUGUUCCCAAAAUUGUGAAGGUCCUGAGUUCAUGUGGAGUAACUGCUGAGCUAAUCAGCAUCAACAAAAGAAUUUGGUCUUCCGACAGAUCAUAUUCAGAUUUAGAGGAGUCAAAUUAUUCACAUUCAGAUUCAGAGGAGUCAAACUAUUCACAUUCAGAUUCAGAGCAAGAGCAAUCGGAUUAAACGCUUGGAACGUUGACAUGAGUUUACUAUCUUCCUUCGACCCAAAAUUUCUAGUUGUCGAGUCAAGACCUUUUUUUGUUCAAAAUACACAAAACUAGAGAUAUGGAUGCAACUGGGAUUUGGUUCAUGUGUUGAACAUGAGCCCAUGUUAUUUGCUUUAUACUUUUGGA